CUCCCGUGAGGCUGGAUGGAUCUAGCACUUGGAUGGUCACUGCAGGUGGGCUACCUCCGUGUCCCGGCGCUGGCAGGCGUCGGGGAUGGACACUUUCAGAGGUGGCACUCGCUGGUGGAAAAGUUCUGCCGUGGAGACCAGGUCUGCAGCAGACCGGUAGUAAAUGCCUCUGCCUCGUGAGGGUGGCGUGUGAUGUCAGUGCCAGCACCUGCAGGAUGUGCUUUGAUUCCACAGCUCGCUGUGGAUCCACUCAAAACUAGAUGUAAAUUAUGGACCGGAGCGGCAAGAUCAACAGGGUCGUCUCCGGACCGGACCAGCAAGGCCACAGAGCUCUUGGAAUCCCCUGCCACUGACUCACAAGGCUAGCCUACAAGAGGAUGAACCUGAACAUCUGAUACCACAACCCUGGGCACAGUUUUUAUCCUGGUAACAAGGAAAUUACCCGAAAAUGUCAGUCAGCAAUCACGAGAACCGCAAGUCCCGCUCCAGCACAGGUUCAAUGAACAUUCAUUUAUUUCACAAGCCUGGGCACGCAGAUAGCCUUCUAACGCAUCUUAACUUGCUACGCAAACGCUGCCUCUUCACAGAUGUUGUGUUGUUGGCCGGGAACCGUGCUUUCCCAUGUCAUCGAGCUGUUCUAGCCUCCAGCAGCCGUUAUUUUGAGGCAAUGUUCAGUGGGGGACUAAAAGAAAGCCAGGAUAGAGAAGUCAACUUUCAGGAUGCUUUGCAUCCUGAGGUCUUGGAGCUGCUUCUGGAUUAUGCCUAUUCUGCCCGUAUUAUACUCAAUGAGGAAAAUGCGGAGUCCUUGUUGGAAGCUGGGGAUAUGCUACAGUUUCAUGACAUUCGAGAUGCAGCUUCAGAAUUCCUGGAAAAGAAUCUUCAUACAGCAAACUGCCUAAACAUGAUGCUGAUAUCUGAUGCACACUGCUGUGAGAGACUGUUUGAGCUGUCUUGGAGAAUGUGUCUUUCCAAUUUUGUGGAAUUAUCCAAAACAGAAGACUUUUUCAGGUUGCCAAAGCUGAAACUGAUGGAGCUUAUCCUAAGUGAGGAGCUUGAAGUAGAAGAUGAAAGUUUAGUCUAUGAAGCUGUGAUAGGAUGGAUAAAAUAUGAUCUUUGUCUUCGACUGGAUGAUCUACCAGAUGUACUGCGCUGUGUCAGGCUAGCCCUACUACCUGACCAGUAUCUCAGAAGUCUUGCUAUGGAUGAUUUGGUGGUUAAAAAUAAGCUAGCAAAGGCAAUUGUGGAAGAAGCAACGCAUUGCAGGAACAAGAUUUUGCAAAAUGAUGGUCUAGUGACUGGUUUUUGUGCUCGUCCACGAAAAGUUAGUCAGGCCUUGCUACUCUUGGGAGGACAGACAUUUAUGUGUGACAAGAUCUAUGUAAUGGACCAAAAGACCACUGAGAUAAUACCCAAGACUGACAUUCCCAGCCCACGCAAAGAGUGUAGUGCCUGUGCAAUUGGCUGCAAAGUUUAUGUUACAGGAGGAAAGGGGGCAGAAAAUGGAGCAUCUAAAGAUGUCUGGGUCUAUGAUACAUUGCAUGAUGAAUGGUCCAAGGCAGGGCCUAUGCUUGUUGCUAGGUUUGGUCAUGGAUCUGCAGAGCUAGACAACUGUCUUUAUGUGGUUGGGGGGCAUACAGCUAUUACAGGAGCUUUUCCAGCAUCUCCUUCUGUAUCCUUGAAGCAAGUUGAGCAUUAUGAUCCACAAGUUGACAAAUGGAGCUUAGUAGCUCCCCUAAGAGAGGGUGUGAGCAAUGCUGCAGUUGUGGGGGCAAAAAUGAAGCUUUUUGUGUUUGGAGGCACUAGUGUCAACCGUGAAAAGCUUCCCAAAGUCCAGUGUUUCGAUCCAGUUCAAAAUAGAUGGACAGUGCCAGCCACGUGCCCUCAACCCUGGCGUUACACUGGUGCUGCUGUUUUAGGAAACCAUGUCAUUGUGAUUGGGGGAGACACCGAGUUCUCUGCUAGUUCAGCCUAUCGCUUUAAUAGUGAGACUUAUCAGUGGUGCCGCUUUGGGGAUGUUUCCUCAAAGAGGAUUAGCUGCCGUGCAGUUGCUUCUGGCAAUAGACUAUAUGUAGUCGGUGGAUACUGUGGUUCUCAGCGGGGCAAAACAUUGGACUGUUACGAUCCUUCAAGUGACACAUGGAGUAGUGUUACCACAGUGCCUUAUUCUCUCAUCCCAACAGCCUUUGUCAGCACAUGGAAGUAUCUAUCUGCAUGAGCAAGAAGAUUUGCCUUUGUGGAUUAUUAUGAAAAUGAAUAAUUUUCAUGGUGGAACAGUUUGGAAAUCAUCUCGAACCGUUGUUUAUGGAUGGCAAGAAUGUCCACGGGCAUGGGAAUCUCUUUACCAGUGUUAGGAUGCACAAAAAAAGCACUGUUAUGGACUGUUUAGUUACAUGUUUAAUGAAUUAGAAAGUCUUUUGCUAAUGGAGUCAGAAUAGAUUUGUCAUUUUAUAUUAAAAUGACAUUUUUAUUUCUAAGUAAAUUUUCCAAAUUUCAGUUUCCCUCAUGGAUUCCAACACAACCUUAUCAUUCCAUAACAAUGAUGAUUAUGUGAUUUAGUAAAUAUUAAAGGGGCAUUCCUGUAUUUUUUUUUUAUUUGACUAUGCUACAGGGGCUGUAUAGUUAGUGUAGUUCAUAAUAUAGUGUAUGUACCUGUGUUUCAUGGUGGUCUCGCAAUUCUUCUGUGAUUUUUGCCCCAAGGUUUUUUUAACAGCAUACAAAAUGAGUGUUGUCUCAGGUUUUCCCAUGAUGCUGUGCGGCCGGAGACAUUACAUCACUAGUCAGGUAAUCAGAGGGAGCAUGUCUUUGCUUCAAUGGGUGGAGCAACCUCUGGGUGGGAGAAAGAUCAUUGUUUUUGCAACAGCUGGAGGCACCCUGGUCAGAAAACACUGGUCUAUUGCAUUGAAGGGAUCACAUGUAUGUUUCAAUGGGUGAGGUAGCUGAUGUAUGGGAGGGAGAAAAGUGACCUCACACAACAAGGAAUAAUUUGUAGUUUAAGGGCACAAACUUACACAGGAAAUAGGCAGUUCACAAAAAGCUAGCCACAGCAUUAUGGUAAUCUCACAACCUAACUAUUUAGCCCCAAGACAAGCACAGAUCCUUUCUAAGCAUGUCCAGAAGACAGGGCCUUGCUGGCAUAUUGAACUUAGUGCACAAAGGUGUAAGACUCCUAUAUGUAAAUUUCAGAGUGGCAUGCAGGGCAGCCAAAGAUGCACCCGGAUUUAUAAAGUAACGUACAUUCUGAUAAAUCCAGAGCAUUAUACGCUGGUAAGAGUUUACUUACUCCCCUCCCCCCCUCCCAUAGCUUUCAUGAACAGCAUGUCACUGAUAAGGCACUCUCUUUAAUAAAGAAGGGUUACAGAAGAGUCACUAACACAGUACAAUGUCUGAUUCAGUAAAAAUUGGUACAAUGGGGUAUGACUAGCAACCCUAAGGCAAGUUUCAGACUACGGAAUCUCCAGAUGGAACAUUUCCUGUGGCCAGCGCUGACUGAAUUAGUCGGCACUAAGAUCACGCGGACAUUGCCGUCCCCAAUAGAUGGCUAUGUCUUCCUCGUGUAGAUCUGCCUGAAGCAAGUCCUUACAUGCAAAUUAAGAAAGAUCUGCUGGAAGCUGUAAAUCACUGUCAAUGUAGAGAACAGGAGCUUCUUCAGGCUCCUGUACAGUACACGUAAUGUCCUAAAAAAGUAAAAUGGAGCUGCCCUUACCUGGUGCCCAAAGAAGCAGCAGAGGUUAAGAAUAGUACAGAACAUGUAAUACCUCCCUGUACUGUAGGGGCACUACCAGACAGGAAUUCAGUGCAUACACUUCAGUAAUACAGGUGUUUGACCAGUAAAAUGCCCAUUCUAAUUGGUCAGUUCUUCCAGCCAUUGACAUGUUUUUCAGAUCUGGACUGUCCAUAGCAUUGAAUGUUGAGGCUGGUUUCAAGUUACAAUGGUCCAGAAAAGUUGAAAUUAUUGUAUGUUGAGGCCAUUGUAAGUUGAGGGAUAACUGUAGUUGCAUAGUAAAGUGUAAACUAUAACUAUGAUGCACUGCUUCUUCACUCACAGCACUUUAGUUAAUAUAUAUAUGUCCAUAUAAUAAAUACUUCUCAAACUCAAAGCUGGUAGAAUAAGGUAAGAUAUUCUGCUUAACAUUUUUUGUCUCAGUCUCAGCUAAUGUGCCAUCUAGAGAUGAAACCUUUCUAUUUGUAGAAUUUUUACUGUGAGUAUAGAUGUCCUUUUGUAUAUUUCAUACUGUUCAGCCUGGAGCUGAUAUUUGUGACAAUUGAUUAAAUAAAGAUAAAUCAC